AUGAGGUUCGAGCUGGCGCUGUGGAUUACACCCAUACGCUACCACGCCAUGGCUCGCCCCAUUCUCUCCGUCGGCCUCGCGCUCUUCCUCGCUGCAAUCCUAGCGCUCUCAUUCGCCCAAGCAACGAGCGCCGAGGCGGCAGGCGUCGUCACAACAGCGGCGAGUGCCGUGCAGCCCAACGAAGUGCCGCGCGAGCAGCGCCACCGCAAGCUCGUUAUGGCAUUCAACGAUGGUAUUUCUAUCCCAUGCCGGGCGGAUAUCAAUCGAGAGACGCAAAACUGCAACUCCCAGAGCAAUCCGGACGCCGUCAAGAAAUGCCUUGACGCCCUGGAGCCGCUGCGUCGGGACUGCGACCUGAAGGGGGUCGACAGGGGUCAACGGGCGCCGCACAAAGUAAAAUUGCCUUGA